AUAGAUGUUAGAAUUCCAAGUUAAAAUAAUAAGAAAAAUGUUUCAACAAGUUUUACGUAUUGAAUAUUUAUUUCUAAAAAUAAGAUCAACUUCAUUAUUAUCAUGAAGAAAUAACUGUAAUAAAUCGUCAAAUAAGUAUGAUUUGUGUGACUGGAGUAGCUUCCGUCUAUCACCGAUAGAUGGCGCCACGCAGUCUGCGUUUGCGCAGAGGAGUUAAACUACGGAAGUGACGUCAUCGUUAUGCCUCACGGAAACAGAAGACUUGACAACAGUCGAGUUUGUGUCUUAUUUGAACAGUUUAUUUGUUGCAUUUAGUAUGUUAAUUUAUACAUGUUUAUGAAGACACUCCAUAGUUUGCACUCGUUCCAUUAAAGGCACUGGACCAGGUUCGUGUAGCUAAACCCACUAAAUGGCCUGCACUUUAGAAAAAGUCUUGGGAGAUGCUCGGACCCUUCUCGACAGGCUGAAAGAGCAUGACACGGCCGCCGAGGGACUAAUAGAGCAGUCGGGGGCCCUCAGCCAGAGAGUCCAGAGCAUGAGGGAAGUGGGGAAUGCUCUGCCAGACAAGCAUAUAGAGGAUACUUCAGUGAUUCAAGAGCUGACCAAAUGCAAGCCUCACAUCCUUCUGACUCAGGAAAACACUCAAAUUAAAGAUCUACAGCAGGAGAAUAAAGAGCUAUGGCUGUCACUUGAAGAACACCAGUAUGCACUUGAGCUGAUCAUGGGCCGGUACCGGAAACAGAUGCUGCAGCUCAUGAUGGCUAAGAAGGAGCUGGACACCAAACCUGUGCUCAGUCUCCAUGAGGACCACGCUAAAGAGGUGCAGAGUCAGGUGGAGCGGAUAUGUGAGAUGGGCCAGGUGAUGAGAAAAGCAGUGCAGGUGGAUGAUCAGCACUACUGCUCUGUUAGAGAGAGACUUGCUCAGCUGGAGAUUGAGAACAAGGAGCUGCGUGAUCUCCUGGUCAUCAGCAGAGGCUCUGUGAAAAUGAUGAGAGAGGAUGGCAACCAACCAGCAACCACAGCAACAUCAGCAGCAGCGGCAACAUCAGCAGCAGAACAAGAACAGACUCCACAGCCACCAGAGUCCACCGAGUGAGCAACGCAACUUUCACCAUCAUUAAGUCCUCCAGGACCUCAAGACAGGGUCGAUGGGUGUCUUCACCUGUGUUCACCACUUCAUGAUUUUUCACAAGCUGGAAUUCAAUCAAAGCAACACAUAUUUUUCUUUAGUGAAGGCCACUUUAACAUGACUUUGUAGCAUCAGAAGAAUUUGCCUGUGGGGUAUAUCUGCUGUUUUAAUUUGUCAAGUAUUUGUUCUUUUGUCUCACUAAAGUGAAGACAGAGUGAAUUCCAGAUGACUUGUGUUUCUUUGAUGUAAGAUCUCAAUGAGAGCUGAGGAAAGGAAUUGAAAGCAAAGUCAUUACUGUUGUUUUUGGCCAAAGAUGCAUUUAUUCUCCAGUGACACAGUUUCUACCUCUUUGGUGACCCUUUGCAGUUCAUACACUCUCACAACAUGCAAAACGUUCACAAGCAUCAGCUAUGUAUGUUCACUUGAAGUCUGUUUUGAUAUGUAAUCUGCACGAUUUGAAAGUGGCUGCACUGCAAGACUUUGAAUCACUCUGCCAACAAAGAUGACUCUUGGGUGUUUCACACAGUUUGCCUGCUGAGGACUGAGAGUGGAUCAUUUGUAUGUGAUUGUUAAUCAUUUUAUGAAUUUGAUAUGUUUGUCAGGUGUUUGUAGAUUUCAUAUGUAACAUUUUUUCCAUGUUUAGUAGUUUACUUCUGUAUGUCUUAACACCAGUUUUUUCUAGUUUUCAGAUAUGGGUGCAGAGUAAUCACGUGUCCUAAUUGAGGGCACAUGUUUAUUAUUUAAUGGUAUCGAUAUUGAAAUAUGCCAGUCUCUCUGUAAUGAAUAUUAAGUGUAUGGGCACUGUAGGUUUUCAGAAAUUGUAUAUUGUCAUCUCAGGAAAUCAGUGUUAUUAAGAUGAUAUAAUGACUUCAUGACAAUGUACGGAUUUGUGUCAGAAUAUCAGUAAGUGAAAAAUAAAUUUGCUAUAAAACUGUCUCCCACAA